UUAGUACACCAAAAAGAGAUAAGCUAAGCUAAUCCAGCUAAAACAGUGCUUAAAAUUUCACCAAAUUCAAACCUCAUAAUUAAAUAAAAAAAUGUAGUAAAUUUGUUGUUAUAGCCCCAAAACUCUGGAACGGGCUUCCACCCCAUAUUAGACACGCUUUAACUCUAUCUGUUUUUAAAAAGCUUCUCAAACAGCAUCUUUGUUCUUUAGCAUUUGAGCUUUUUUAUGUUGAGGGGUUUGUCUUCUAUAUUAAUUCUUAUGUAUGUGAUGUAGAACUUAUUUUAAUUAGUAUUGAUUGUGUUGUAAAAAAAUGUGCUAUAUAAACUAACUAACGACUAAUGUUGUCUUACAUAUUAGUGAUUUUUCUAAUAUGCUUACAGUCAAAUGCGAAAAUUUUUAAAUGACCAAAUCUGCUUCUGGCAAAAGUCAGACUUCAAACCUGUCAGACAAAAUUGAGGUUAAGUUGGUUUUAUAUACACACAUUUUCCUUAAUAAUAUAAUUUCUGAAGUAUUAAUUACAAGUUCCAAACACUAAACUUAUUUGACUAUAAAAGUACAACAACUUUCACAGUCAAAUAAAUAGCGCAAAUGUUGUUUUGAAGUAAUAUUUACAUGUAAUUUUAGACCGGAUACUCAAAGUACCAUGGUAAACAAUAUAGGAAGCAUGUGUCACAGGUUGUCCCUGAACGCAUGUGCUAAUUUAAAACCAACUUUACCUCACUACACUACAUAUCACUACCCUGAUCUCAGUUCAGAGCCUGCCUGUGAUGUCUGUGCAAGUGACCAUAACAAAGCCCCCAACGCGUGAGUGGACUGAGCCCCGCACUGGUGUGUUUUGGAGGGCAGAAAAAGCCGCUGCGUGGAUCCUGCAUUCAUUAAUUCAGUGAAGUCUCGCGGUUGUUCACGCAACCUCUCAGACAUCUUGCGUUUGUCAGACCGCGGCGAAUCUGCUCCACGCAUUUACAGAAACCGAGCAAAAUCGCAUCCAAGCAUCGCUCUAUCGCCGUCACAUCUUCUUCACAUGCGGGGCUGAACUGAGUUUGCGCGUUUGAGACACCCCGGAGAGGAUUGCGUGCGGCGUUAUAUUCGUAUUGUGCGUCAUUUCUGCAUUUCUGCGUUUCCACCCAGGCAAUAUGGCAACACCAGCCGCUGUAAACCCAUCGGAAAUGGGCACGGAUUUGCCGGGGCCGGUGUCUAUGCCAGGUGCUGUUGUUGGUGCAGGUCAGGUCAGGAUGACGGGUGCAAUGCCAGGACGAGGAGGCAAGCGGAGAUCAGCGGGGAUGGAUUUUGACGACGAGGACGGCGAGGGACCCAGCAAAUUUUCAAGGUAUGAUGAUGAUCAGAUUCCUGGUGAUAAGGAGCGUUACGCCAGAGAGAAUCACAGCGAGAUCGAGCGGCGCAGACGAAAUAAAAUGACGCAGUACAUCACCGAGCUGUCGGACAUGGUACCCACCUGCAGCGCCCUGGCCAGAAAACCAGACAAACUCACCAUCCUGCGCAUGGCCGUCUCUCACAUGAAGUCCAUGAGGGGAACCGGAAACACCUCAACCGACGGCGCCUACAAACCCUCCUUCCUCACUGAACAGGAGCUGAAGCACUUGAUUCUGGAGGCGGCCGAUGGCUUCUUGUUCGUGGUUGCGGCUGAGACGGGACGGGUGAUCUACGUGUCUGAUUCGGUGACUCCUGUCCUCAACCAUCCGCAGUCAGAGUGGUUCGGUAGCACACUGUUCGAGCAGGUCCAUCCAGACGACGUUGACAAACUGAGGGAGCAGCUGAGCACGUCUGAGAAUUCAAUGACAGGUCGUAUUCUGGACCUGAAGACGGGGACAGUGAAGAAGGAAGGUCAACAGUCCUCUAUGAGGAUGUGUAUGGGCUCCAGGCGCUCCUUCAUCUGCAGAAUGAGGUGUGGCAGUGCACCUUUGGAUCACAUCUCAUUGAAUCGAUUGUCCAGCAUGAGAAAGAGAUACAGGAAUGGUCUCGGUCCGUCUAAGGAGGGUGAAGCGCAGUACUCUGUUGUUCAUUGUACCGGCUACAUCAAGGCCUGGCCGCCAGCGGGCAUGACUAUUCCAGAUGAAGACACAGAAGCAGGUCAAACUAGCAAAUACUGCUUGGUUGCUAUUGGAAGACUGCAGGUGACCAGCUCUCCUGUUUCAAUGGAUAUGAACGGACUUUCAGUUCCGACUGAAUUCCUUUCACGCCACAAUUCGGAUGGCAUCAUCACAUUCGUGGACCCUCGAUGCAUCAACGUGAUUGGCUACCAACCUCAGGAUCUUCUUGGCAAAGACAUUCUGGAGUUCUGCCACCCGGAGGACCAGAGCCACCUUCGGGAGAGUUUCCAGCAGGUGGUGAAGCUGAAAGGCCAGGUUCUCUCAGUGAUGUACCGCUUCCGGAUGAAGAACCGAGAGUGGAUGCUCAUCCGAACCAGCAGUUUCACCUUCCAGAAUCCUUAUUCAGACGAGAUUGAGUACAUCAUCUGCACCAACACCAACGUCAAGCAGCUCCAGCAGCAACAGCAGGCCGAGCUGGAGGUUCACCAGAGAGACGGACUCACUGCGUAUGACCUGUCGCAGGUUCCUGUGUCCGGUGUUUCAGCCGGUGUUCAUGAAUCCGGCAAAAGCAUCGACAAGACUGAAUCUCUGUUUUCACAGGAGAGAGACCCACGAUUCAGCGACAUCUACACCGGCAUCUCUACAUCUGAAAAGAAGAUGAUGGUUCCCUCAUCCACCUCUGGCGGGCAGCAGUUGUAUUCUCAGGGCAGCCCGUUUCAGCCAGGACACUCCGGAAAGAGCUUCAGCUCUUCUGUGAUCCACGUCCCGGGUGUGAAUGACAUCCAGUCCACAGCAGGUUCAGCUGGACAGAACCUCAGCCAGAUUUCCCGGCAGAUCAAUACGGGACAGGUGUCCUGGAGCGGGAACAGACCUCCAUUUUCCGGCCAGCAGCAGAUUCCCGCUCAGUCUAAUAAGGCUCAAUCGUCUCCAUUUGGCAUCGGCUCCAGUCACAGCUAUCAGGCAGACCCGUCAUCCUACAGCCCUCUGUCUAGCCCCGCCACCUCCUCGCCCUCCGGAAACGCCUACUCCAACCUCGCCAAUCGCAACACUGCUUUCGAUGUGUCUGGUGAGAGCAGUCAGAGCGGUGGUCAGUUCCAGGGUCGUCCGUCUGAGGUCUGGUCUCAGUGGCAGAGUCAACAUCACAGUCAGCAGGCUGGAGACCCUCAUCCACACACACAGGCCAGCCAGACAGAGGUCUUCCAGGACAUGCUGCCGAUGCCGGGUGACCCAACACAGGGAACAACCAACUACAACAUUGAAGACUUUGCUGACCUCGGCAUGUUCCCACCAUUCUCUGAGUAACUGGACACGCAUCUGUUUGUUUGUUUGUUUGGGUUCAGACUGCAGUACCUUCAUCUCACACCUGACGCACAUGACGCUGCUGAAACACAUCUC